ACUGGUAUGUUUACACACUGCUGUCAGAGAAUCACGUUUAUGUUAAACAUGGGAUCUGAAGCCAGUUUAAAAAAAAUAGCUUUUCUGAUUGGAGUUUUCUUCAUUUUAAAGGUGCAGGCUGCUCCAACAUUAACUGAUGAUGAAGCAGAUGCUGGUGACCUGAGAGAUGAUUUUCUUGAAAUUAACAGAGAAUUGAAACAUCUGUUUGAGGGGGACAUUGCUGUCAAACCACAAAGAAAUGCCAUCCUUGAUGAAACAAGAAGAUGGAAGUUUCCCAUACCUUACAUCUUAACUGAUUCGUUAGAUCUGAACGCUAAGGGUGUAAUCCUUCAAGUAUUUGAGGAAUACCGCUUGAGAUCUUGCGUGGACUUUAAACCUUACAAUGGGGAGUCCACCUACAUAUCCUUUGUCAAGCUCUCUGGUUGCUGGUCAUACGUUGGAGAUGAUAGAACAGGCCAGAAUGUGUCCAUUGGAGCCAGGUGUGACACCAAGGCUAUAGUGGAACAUGAACUUCUCCAUGCUUUGGGCUUUUAUCAUGAGCAGUCUCGUUCAGACCGAGAUGACUAUGUCAAAAUCUGGUGGGAUGAGAUUGAAGAAGGGAAGCAGCACAAUUUCAACAAAUACGAGGAUGACUUCAUCACUGAUCUGAACACGCCAUACGAUUAUGAGUCCAUUAUGCACUACAGACCAUUGUCCUUUAACAAGAAUGAAAGCAUCCCCACAAUUACAACCACCAUACCAUACUUUAACGAUGUCAUUGGUCAGCGGCUGGACUUCAGCGAAGUAGACAUCACUAGACUAAACCGCAUGUAUGCCUGUGCUGAAACACACACUCUCUUGGAUCAGUGUACUUUUGAGCUCAUAAACAUCUGUGGAAUGAUACAGAAUGAGAUGGACAAUGCAGACUGGGUCCAGAUGCGGAGCAGUCCAAGUGAUGAAGAUCAUACCCUGGGAGGACAUUGCAGAGCAGGCAACAGUGGCUUGCUGGAGUCACGGAUCCUCUAUCCAAAGAGAGGUGAACAGUGCCUCCAGUUCUUCUAUAGGAUGACUGGAGCAGCUGGGGACAAACUGGUGAUAUGGAUCAGAAGUGAUGAUGGGACAGGAGCUGUGAACACUUUCAAAAAGAUCCACACCAUUAUAGGUGACGGUGAUGAUGCCUGGAAAAUAGCUCAUGUGACUCUUAAAACGUCCAAAAAGUUCCGUUACAUCUUCCAAGGAAUCAGAGGAUCAGCGAGCUCCUCAGGUGCCAUCUUAAUCGAUGACAUUACUCUCACUGAGACUGUAUGUCCCAGUCUUGUCUGGCAGAUCCACAACUUCACUGGCCUUCUUACCACAACUCCCCUUGGCAGGCCUGUUAAAAGCAAAUGCGCUUAUAACUCAGAGGGCUACUCAUUUGGAGUCAGUGUUUACCCUACAGGAAGACAUAGUGAUUACCCAGACUAUGUUGGCAUUGCCUUGCAUCUCUGCAGUGGGGAAAAUGAUGGAGUGAUGCAGUGGCCAGCCAAAAACAGACAGGCCACCAUUGUAGCGCUGGAUCAGGACCCAGAUGUUACUCUCAGGAUGUCUUCCACAAGAAGCUUCACCACAGACAAUAAUACUCGCUGGGACAAGCCGACUGCAACGUCAGGCGCUGUCUGGGAUGAAAGCUGCCAGUGCUACCUUAAUCAAGACUAUGGUUGGAGCGCAUUCAUUUCUCGGAACCAUUUACAGUGGAGGAACCUCCUCAAGAAUGAUGACCUCAUCAUAACUGCUGACUUUAAUGACCUGACCCACCUGAUCAAGACCGAAGUACCAGUCGAUUACUCCAUACAAGGCAGAGACCUCACAGAAAAAAAGGAAGACCACGAGGUAAAAAUGAGACAGGAAGCCCCAAAGCACAGGGAGGCACGUGCUGCUAACCCCUGUCACCCUAACCCCUGUUUGAAUGGAGGCGCCUGUGUGGACGCUGCUGGUGAAACCUUGUGCAGGUGUGCAACAACCCAGACCACCUUUUACACUGGUCUGAGAUGUGAGGAAGUGAGAAUAGACAGAGGCAUCCUGGGAGCUCUUGUCGGUGGUGCAGCAGGAACUGUGGUUCUAACACUGGCCAUCUUCACUGUCAUCAGGAAAGCUCACACCAACCCCUUUUAGAAGAUUUACAGGUUUUCGUUUAGCAGAUAAAAAAGGCCAGUACUGGAAUAUACUGUAAAGAAAUGUGUUUUAUGUUCUACAAAUGAACUGUUCCAUUCUGACUAUAAACCCUUAAAGUCAUGAUAACAUUGGGUGCAUUUAUUUAAAUUUGAUGAUUUAGUGGAAUUAGUUUAAAAAAACUCAUUUGGUGUGCAGCAGUUAAAAAAGUUAAAACAUCCUGUUGCAACUUUGGUUUUUAUGAAUUAAUUAGCUUACUUAACAUUAUGACAGUAACUGCAAAUAAACAGAUUCAGCCAAUAAAAAUGUACGACUGAGCUUGAAUUUCUAAACAUAUCUUUAUUUCACCACAAUAUCUAAUACAUACAAGAAUAUACAAACGUAUACAGCUUAUAAUUAAUCUCAAACUUAGUAAAUUAGCAUUUUUCAAAUAAAACGAUCACAAUCAGACUUGAUAAAAUUGUACUUUGUUUUAUAUACAGUGGUUCGGAACAAAGUCAGAAGAAUCUCCUUACAGCUAAACAAUCACGCUGCACUAUAUGCAGUAUUUAUUUAGAACUAUAAUAAAUAAAAGCUACAUUUUGGCGGUAACCCUAAAAAUAAAUUGGUUAUUUAUAUGCGUUGCUUGCCUCAUGGGAUAAUGACAAACAUGGAAUGUUCUUCUACAGUGUAUAUGUAUAAUUCUGUAAAUAUCAUGAAUUCACUGAUAACCAUAAACAGUCUUCUACUUGAUAAGCUUUAAAUUAUAUAUAAUCAUGUUUUAGAGAAACCAGCUACACAUUCAUGACAGUCUAACAUCAAUCUGACAUCAGAGCUGCUGUCUCUGAUCUUCUUGUCUUCGCAGUCUGAAAUGCAAAAAUUACAACAUUUAACACAUAUGAAGACUGGACAAUAAACUUCAGAAGCUCAAAAUGUUAGGUGCAUCACAACUGCAAUGAGAGUCGCUAACUGACUUUUUUAACCAGAGGAUGGGUGCUUAAGACUAAACUGAUUUUGUUUCAGUCUUUGAGAAGAAAAUGGAUGAGAAUGUGGUUCUAAAGGGUUUUAGGUUUCUAUGAGACAUGGUUGAACCAAGUAAUAAAUAGCAGCUCAAAAGAUUAACUCCAGUAUAUUUUAUUUUAACAUUCUGUUGAUAUUUUACUCAGAGGAAAUGCUUUUGAACUGAACAUGUCAAGCUUUGUGUGGAUUGUGCUAUUGUCUCAUAAUCAGACUGGAGAAUUAGCAAAAGAAUGAAGUCAACACACUGCAUAUCAAUGGAAGUUAUUAGGUUAUUCAUAACCAUCUACAGAAGUAAAGGUACCUGGGUCUGACUCCUUGAGUUCAAUUAUUAAAGUAACCUAAUUAAAUGUUAUGGACUUUAGCUCUAAAGUUGAGUUAGCAACCAGUAGAUGGAACUCCAGUACUGUCCCUCGUUCUCCAUGCAUGCAAGUUAGCAGUAAUGUAGUUUGCAUCACCCUGGUAUUUAUGGUGCCACUUUAUUUUCUUAAGCAAAGAGAGCAUCCCCAUGAUCCACAGAGGAUAUAACAUUGUACCUGUUGAAAGAGUUUUUUUUAGAACAGGCUGGGUGAUGCAAAUCAAAUUAUCAGGUAAAAACUGAGUUUGUGACGUAGGAAUAAAAACAUACCAAUGUGUCUUCUAGAAUUUGUGUGUAAAGUUUCAAAAUGUCAGAGUUUGAGAUGUUUGAAUUGAAGUUUAAUUUGCUUUCCCAACAGUUUACCUUGGCUCAUAUGUCACAAUGCAGUCUUGCUUUUUCAAUGUAUUCAUGUUAAUUAAAUUUAGUUGUGAAGUAUCAAUAUUUUGAAGGUUAGAUGGAACUUUUAAAUGCAAUGUUAAGUAUUGAGGUUCAAUUUAAAAUGAGUGUCAGCUAAAACUAAUGAGCCAAGGCUGUGUAAAAACAAGAUAUUAUAAAAUGGUGUACACAGUGGUGGAGAACCUGUGUGAAAAUAAAGAAAAAAAUGAACUAUUUUAGUUA